AUCAUUUUCUCUCUGAUAUUUUCCGCUUUUCGUCCAUCUUUCUCUCUCUUAGGUUUUUCCUCCUUUGGUCUUCCUUCCUCUCUUCACUUUUUCAUCUCGGAGCAGGAAUCCAUGGCUCAACCGGAGAUCCACAAUGGAGGUGCCGAGAAGGCUGAGGUGGUGGUCUCCUUCACCGCCGUCAAGCCUCAGCUGGUGGUGGAGGCACCUAAGGCUAGCGAAGCUGUCCAGUUCUACAAGGAGGCUUUCGGAGCUGUGGAGACUGGCCGCACCACGCACCCCAAGCGCAAGGCGGAACAGGAGCUCCCUCAGAUCAUCUCCGCACAGCUUCAGCUCGCCGGUUCCACCAUUCUCGUCUCUGAUCUCGCAGACGAUUCCGCUCCGUCCAGUGUGAAGGGCGUGGGAAGUGGACUGUCACUCUGCCUGGAGACACAGGACGUGGAGGCAGCUGUCGCCAAGGCGGUGGCCGCCGGAGCUGUGGCGGAGGGGGAGAUCGCGGAAUCUGAUGGCGCGUGCUGCGGUGGGCGCGUGGGGAAGGUGAAGGAUCCCUACGGUUUCGUUUGGAUGAUUUGCUCACCCUCGGCAGCAGCAGCAGCAGCGAAGUGUGGUGAUACUGGCGUGGAGGCUUGA